AUGGAUCGUGUGGUUGGUGGCAAGUUCAAGCUGGGACGAAAGCUUGGUAGCGGAUCAUUUGGUGAAAUUUUUCUAGGAGUGAAUGUACAAACUGGAGAAGAAGUUGCUGUUAAGCUCGAACCUCUUCGAGCGAGGCAUCCUCAGCUUCAUUACGAGUCAAAGCUCUAUAUGCUUCUCCAAGGAGGAACUGGUAUUCCUCACCUGAAAUGGUUUGGGGUUGAGGGUGAGUUCAACUGUAUGGUGAUCGACCUUCUCGGUCGUAGCAUGGAGGAAUUCUUCAACUUUUGCAAUCGAUCUUUCUCUCUAAAGACAGUUCUUAUGCUCGCAGAUCAGAUGAUAAACAGAGUCGAGUAUAUGCAUGUACGAGGCUUUCUUCAUCGUGAUAUUAAGCCAGACAACUUUUUGAUGGGUAUUGGACGCAAAGCAAACCAGGUGUACAUCAUUGACUAUGGGCUUGCGAAAAAGUACAGAGAUCUUCAAACACACAAGCAUAUUCCCUACAGGGAAAACAAGAAUCUUACAGGAACAGCUCGAUACGCAAGUGUUAACACCCAUCUUGGAAUUGAGCAAAGUAGGAGGGAUGAUCUGGAAUCUCUUGGCUAUGUGCUUAUGUAUUUUCUUCGAGGAAGCCUACCUUGGCAAGGCCUUCGUGCAGGUACCAAAAAGCAGAAGUAUGACAAGAUCAGUGAAAAGAAAAGACUGACACCAGUUGAGGUCCUCUGUAAAAACUUUCCACCUGAGUUCACAUCGUAUUUCCUCUAUGUGCGAUCAUUACGGUUUGAAGACAAACCAGAUUACUCAUACCUAAAGCGGCUUUUCAGAGAACUAUUCAUCCGAGAAGGUUAUCAGUUUGACUAUGUAUUCGAUUGGACGACUUUGAUGUAUCCACAGUUAGGCUCCAGUUCCACUUCAAAACCAAGGCCAAGCCUUAGACCGACUCUGAAUAUUCCACUACCAUCUGCCGAGAAAGCGGAAAAGCCUUCAACUGGACAAGACACACGCGAUAGAUUCGCAGGCGUUUUCGAGGCAUACACGAGAAGAAAUGGCUCGGGAACGGGCGUUCAAGCUGAUCGGUCUAGUAGACCUAGAACCUCAGAGAAUGUUCUUGCAUCGAGAGACACGCAAAACCAGGAGAGACCAGUCACUUCAUCUAGGAACCAGAGUUCUUCAAGAAAAGCAGUAGCUGGAUCAAGUGUUCGAGCCACUGCCUCUGCUGAUUUCACAGAGAAUCGGUCGAGCAGACUCGUCCCAAACAACGCCCGGUCCUCUACAACUCAGAGGACCCACUUCGCUCCUUCGUCCUCCUCUUUAGCCACAAAGGCUGCACCGGCUAGAACUACUCGUGACAUUACGUUCCCGAGUCUCGAGCUCCUCACCAUCGGUAACGGGAAGAGGCAGUGA